AUGGAGUCAGUGAAGCUUGUGACGACGGCGGUUCCUGAAAACAGCAGCUCGUCGCUCCAUUCCGACUUCAUCACGUCCGCCGAGUUUGCCGCCAUCCGCCUCAUUGUCCCGCCGUACAUCUUCACUGUAUCCGUGCUCGGCCUCCUCUGGAACGCCUUCGUCCUGUGCGUGUUCCUCGCUCACAAGGAUCGACUGACCGUGGCGGAAGUCUACCUGAGCAACCUGGCCGUUGCCGACUUUGCGGUCCUUUGCGGCCUUCCCUUCUGGGGCGCCAACAUUCUUAACGACUACAACUGGUUGUACGGCGACACCUUGUGCAAAAUGGUCAACGGCGUCAUUAUGGUGAACUUCUACACCAGCGUCUACACCCUGGUGAUGAUCAGCGUCGACCGCUAUCUGGCCAUCGUGAGGACCAUGAAGGCGAGGUGGCUGCGACGGACGCGGCACGCUAAGGUUACCUGCGUCUUCCUGUGGAUUUUAGGGUUCUUGCUCAGCACGCCGACCAUUCUGCACAGAAAAGUGAUCUACAAUGAGGAAAUCCAAAUCACUGCCUGUCUAUUGGACUACGGAAGCUCCUGGAAGUUAGCCAAUCAGCUUCUUCUGAACAUUGUUGGCUUUGUCCUGCCUGCUCUGGUGAUCGUCUUCAGCAGCAGGGCUAUAAUUAAGGCUUUAGCUCAGAGGAAGGAUACCGUAGGCCUCCACGACGUCAACGACACAAAGGCCUCGGUGUUGUUGUACGCCGUCACGCUGCUCUUCAUCCUCUGCUGGGGGCCCUUUCAAGUCUUUACCUUUUUCGACACCCUCUGCGAAGUCCAUGUGCUAGAUGUCGAACUGUGGUCCCACGCUUUGGACAUAGGAGGGCAGGUUUCUGCCUAUCUCGGAAUACUUAACAGUGCCCUGAACCCUCUGCUGUACGUCCUGUCAGGGCAAUAUUUCAGGAAGAAAGUUAGCGCCAUCUACAGGAGGACUCUACGUCAGCGCAGAGGAUCGGACAUGACCACAUAUCAACGUUCUGUCGCAUCCACGUACAUUCAGAGGCCUGAGCAGAUAAAGCCUGUUGUCAUUUAA